GCUUCGCUCUCUACGCCAUGCACUAAGCACCGACAAGAUCUCCAGUCAGCACUGCCCCGUACCAUUUGUAAGGCUAACUAGCAUUCGCCUUAUCGACGCAUUUAUCUAACUAGCCUUGACGCCCCGACGGAAAACUGCUGCCGACAAAUUGACUGAGAAUGAGAGCGCAGCCAUUCUUGUCAAUCGAUGUGCCAUCGCAGCCAUUCUCGCCAACCAAUUUGCCAGCGCACAUGCCCAGAGCAGCCUGAACCGUGUUGAUGCCACCGAAUCGGAGAUACGAAGCACAGAGCAGCGCUUCAACAGACUUCCCAAUCUCCAGCUCCCCGGCUUCAACACUCUUUGGUCUUCCACUGCUGCGGCCUUACGCUGCGAAAUGCUGUCGUCCAUUCCUCAUGAUGCCACCCGCCCUCUUUGCUCUGCUCCAACGGUCCCUGCAAGCCACUCGUUCUCUCCGCCGCUACGCACGGCAACGACAUCGUCCUUCUGUCGAUCGUGUGCUUCUGAUUUUGAUAAGAUGCAAACCAUCGGGGCACGGUCGUGGCUUACGAUUGGCUUUGGUCACACGCCUCUUCAAGGCUGAGACCUGCCACCGACCCUGCAUGAAGUCUUGCCAUUCUCGCACUGACUGUCUGAUUUGCUUCUCCAACGCUGCACCAUCUACCGUCCUCAUGUUGGACCCAGCAGCGAAACGGGUGAUGACGGCGAGAAGGCUGUCUGACGAGGACGGGCCGGGCAUGGCGAAAAACUCUGUACCAUCAGAAGAACGAUUCAUCCAGGCUCCAGCUGCCGAUUCAGCAUCCGCUCGCUCCCCAUGCCACCUUUGCACCCUUCUCUUGUAGGCAACUUCACAGCCGCACAGGUUCCAGCAUUCCAUGUAAAGCUCCUGGCCAACCCACUGCGGCUGUUGCUCAGCUUCUUCGACGCUCCUUGCGAGCGCUCACAUUCGCUGCGUGAAGCUUCCUC